AUUUCCGGCACGCUACUAGACAUCAGUGAUACAGUGUAGUUUUGUUCCUGUAGCUCCCAGCCUAGAAAGCGUCAGGAUGAUGGCGCUGCGGCGCGGAGUUUGGAAGUUUCUCCAUGUCGAGCCACUUCUUCAUCGCCACAUGAGUGUGUGCUCUUCCUCCAGCUACAGAGCUGUGAUAUUUGACAUGUUUGGAGUGUUGAUCCCAUCACCGCUGCCUAAAGCAACAGAAUGGGAAGAUGAGAAUGGAGUCCCUCGUGGCACAAUAGGCCGAGCUAUAAGGGCAGCGGGCAAUAACAACUCCUGGAAGAAAUACAUGAGAGGAGAAUUGGGGCCAGAGGAGUUUGUGGAAGCCUUUAGUCAGGACUGCAGUCAAAUUGCAGGCUUCAAGGUCCAUAUCGGUUCUUUCCAUUCUGUGCUGACCAGUGACUCCAUGUCACAGCCGGUGACUGUUAUGAUGGAUGCUGUGCAGUGUGCGCGUGCUGAAGGGUUCAAGACUGCUGUUCUUAGCAACAACUUCCUCUUGCCUGGAGGAAAGUCCUACCUCCCUCUGGACACUUCUCUCUUUGAUGUUAUAGUAGAGUCCUGCAGAGUGGGUUUAUGUAAGCCAGAUGUCAGGAUCUAUCAGCUGUGUACCAAAAGACUGGGAGUCUCACCUCACGAAGUGGUGUUUCUGGAUGACUUGAGUUUCAAUGUGGAGGCUGCAGUACAAUUAGGAAUGCAUGGCAUCACGGUUGGAGAUCCUGGAUUGGCUGUGAAGGAGCUGGAGCAGGUGCUGAAGAUACCAUUGUCUGGCUAUAGGCCUGGACUGAAUUGGCAGCUCCCUAUCAACCCGCUUACUCAAUAUCUCAAGAAAGCUACUCAGCUUCCACUUACAGACCACAUUAUAAUGCAGCGACUGAGCCAGAGUGACUUGACUGAUUCCACAUACCUGUUGAGCUGUGGACAGCAUCGGUUUGUCCUGAAGAAGAAACCAAGUACUGAAGCUCUGCAGAAGGAAUGCAGGCUUCUCAAGGCCCUUAAAGAAGCCAAAGUCCCUGUACCAAGUGUUAUUGCCCAGCAUGAGAUGCCCAGCAAUGUUCUGGGAAGCCCAUUUUACCUGACAUUUUACUGUCCGGGUCGAGUGUUUAAUGACCACUCUAUACCAGGAGAAGAUACUCAUGGGAAGAGACAUGUAUAUAAGGCUAUGAUAAAAACCCUCUGCCAGAUACACAGAGUUGACCUGAAAACCACAGGUCUAGAGAACCGUAGAGAUCCAGGUGACUUCAUGGAAACUCAAGUGAAAAAGUGGGCACAGCAGUUCAAGGCAAACGAGAUUCAGCCCAUUCCUGCUAUGGAUAGAUUGAUAGACUGGCUACUGUUGCAUCUCCCUAAACAUCAAAGAACCACACUGCUCCAUGGAAGUUUCAGCCUGAACAAUCUGGUGUUUGACUCAGAGACCCUUGAUGUUAGGGCAGUAUUGGGCUGGAGUCUUUCUACUGUAGGAGACCCACUUGUGGAUCUGGCUUCCUGUUGUAUGCCCCUCUUCCUUCCCCCUACUGCUUCUACACAACAAGCUUUUACAGGAAAGAAAUUUGCUCUGAUGGGUAUUCCAUCUGUAGAGGAAAUGUUUGAGCUGUAUUGCAAAGAAAUGGGAUUGGAGUACAUUUCAAACUGGCAGUUCUACAUGGCUUUCUGCUUCUUCCGCCAGGCUGCUAUCUUACAGACAAAUUGUAAAACAUCAUGCAAAGGCACUACAUACCCACGUGAAAUAGAAGACAUUGCAAACCUGGCGUGGGACUUUGCCACUAAAGAAGGCUUCCGUAUCUUUAAUGCUUUGCCUGGAGCAGCAAGCUUUUGAGAUAGUAAUGAUAAUACAACAGUACUUUCAUAUACAUUUCAUUUUAUAGAAUCAGGCUAAGAAACCUAUUCUGUACUUUGCUGUGCUGUACAAUCAGGUAUGUUGUGUACUAAUAAAUAAGCUGCUAGUUGACAAAAGGUUACACACUAUGGCCAAAGGUUCAGUAAUAAUUAUGAUUGCCUGAUCUUGUUGGUGUGUCAUUGACCAGCACCACAUGAUGGCUUGUUUGUAUGCAUGGCUUUUUCAGGCAUAAUUAGUAUGCAUAAGGUUGUAUGCAUUAAAAUUGUCACGUUAUCUGAAUAUUGUAUACCAUAAAAGGGCUUUAUAUGAGCUCCUAUAAAGAUAAAGAAAGAGUUUUAUAUGUUUAUAAUAUAUUCACUACCCCAAUCCCCAGACAUAGCUAGCUGUGGAUCUGCCCCUAGACUUUCCAUUAAUGUUUUUGUAUAAACAUAAUAUAAAGAAAAUGGCUUCAAAUAAAUUUCAAAUUUAAGCAUAACACAUCCAUAAAAUACCUUAAUCUGUCAUUACCAAACACUGCUGUGUCAACGUUCACCCAGGUUUUGUUUGACAGUCUGAAGUUCAGCGCUGCAUUGAUAAGGCUCUCAGCACAGUAUAACCAUACUUGUAAAAUUGUAUUAUUAUACAAUUGUACCUUGUUUAUGUGUGUUAUUGUGUUUUGAAUGCCCCUGAUUUUUUAAUAUAGGUCUGUACAGUUUACUCAUGUUUACAUUUGUGUCUAAGGCUUGUUUGUUUUUUAAUGAAAUGAGAUGUGAACUGUAUAAUAAAGUCUGAUUACACCAUA